AUGGACAAUACGAUGCACGGCUUUGACAACCAAGUUUUUGUUUUGAGCGAGACCAAAAGAUCAAAUUAUGAAGACAAAAACGCAUGCAAUGAAGAUAUAACGAGAGAAAACAAGGUGUUGGAUGUAAAUGAUCUUUUGUUAAACGGUAGAAAAGUGGAUACUUUCGAUUCUACGAUUUUGAGAUUUGAAGGUUUUAUGUAUAGAAGUUUUGAUGAAAGGAGAAGGGCGAAUAUGAAAGAUUUACUGGCGCAAGGUAAACUGUGA